ACUACUACUGUACACAGCUGAUUCAAAUGAUCAAAACUAGAUGAUUAGUUGAUUAUUUGAAUCAGCUAUGUCGUAAUAUGACAAAAAAAACAAAACGUGCACUGAGUUUGUGAAACUCAGUGCACGUUUAGGUUUUUGUCUUCUUGGCACUAAGGACCACCAUACGUAAACAUGCAAGGCUCUUGUGGUAGCUAAACUAACAGAUACGUGUCAUAUGCUUGUGAUCUGCUUUUCUACUAUGGCAUUUCCACUUUAGCACACAAGCUCCGUAACGUUAACAAUAUUUUUGUUCCCUAAAUGAUUUUUAGUUGGUCGGCUCGUGAUGCCCAAUUUACUGUGAGAGAUUCGAUGCUCGCGCGUAGUCUGAUGAUCAGCUAACUAGUUACUACGAAUUCGGUAAACAACUCCUUUUCACUAAUUAAGUUUAUAUUAAUUUCAUACUAAACACCUUAAACUUAACAAUUUUAACUACUAAAUAUAUCGACGAACCCAUAGUUGGCUAACUGGUUGUCAUUGGUCGUUAAUUAGCUAGCUAGACAGCUAAUGUGUUAGCUAGCUUGCUAGCCAACUAACUGACAUUCGGCAGUUUUUACUGCAGCGACCCCCGUUGGUAGUUGGAACUCCGUGGCAGUGAAUGGAGCAGGAUGGCUGCUUUGCCUGUUCCCUGCCCAGUGCGAUUGGGGAUCGUGAAGAAUGGAGGCCUACCUGCUCAGUUGCAUAGGUACACCCUGGAGAAAAAUCUGCACAAGAUGGAGAAGCUGCUCCAGAAAGGUGUGGAUGUGGACUGUGUCAAUCACUUGGGCCAGACACCUCUGUUCUGUGCAUCUCUCCUGGGCCUGGCAAGUGUCACUGAGCUUCUUCUGCAAUUUGGAGCUGACCCCAACCAUCGCUGUGAGGACAGGAGCACCCCUGUCCACGCUGCUGUGUUCGCCUGUAACCCCUGGCUGCUGAGCGGCCUGCUAGACGCAGGGGGGGACCUAAGGCUCCACGACCACAAAGGCAGGAGCCCCCAAGACUGGGCUGAGGCUGGGGCUCAGGAGCACAGCGCCAGGAUGCUUAAGUUCCUGAAGAGCUGUGUGAACCACAUGCACAGCCUGUCUCAGUCCCCCCAGCCCAGGGAGUUGUGCCGGACCCCCACCUCUUCCAAGACUCUGCUGCGCUCCCCCUCUCUACUGGAGCUCCUCAAGUCCGGUGGCUCUGACCUGCACCUCAACAGAAAGAUUACCAAGUCCUCUGCCUGUGACACAGUUCAAUGUUUUGGCUUUGGAAAGUUGUGUAUAGAUAAACCUGGAUAUCCGUUGGGCCUUCUGGCCUCCCUGCCUGUGAUUGGGGACAGUGAGUUGGGGCAGGCGGACGACGAACCCCUCCUCUCCUUCUCCUGUGGCGCCUUCAUUACCAUGACCAAUUACAGCUGGAAGGGCUGCAGGAUAACUGUGAAGGAGCUGCAGUCCAUCUCUCCACAAGGAGGCAGCCAAGAGGCCUACCUUGACCUGAUACUCAUUGAGCUGGAGUACUGCAACCAGCUGUUCCAUCCAUACCUGCUGCAGCUGAUGGCAGUGAGCAUGUCCAGUGACCUGAUGAGAGUCCGUCUGGUGUUUGAACGGGUCCACGUGGGCUCUCUGCACAACUUGCUGCAUCAGAGGCGUGCUGAGUUUCCAGUGCUGCGUGCUGAGACCAUGCUGUUGGUGGUGCUGCAGGUGUGUGAGGCUCUGCUCUACCUGCACAGUCGGGCCCUGGUGUUGCGAGCUCUUUCCUCCCACAGCAUCCUCCUCACACACCCUGGCGUGGCCAAACUCUCCGGCCUCGGCUUCAUGGUGCCCAGUGACAAUAGUCACCGCAGACCCUCGGCUCACCUGCCCCUGCCCCCAGGCCUGUACAACUGGGCCGCCCCUGAGGUGAUCAGACGGAGACCCUGCACAGGGAAGGCUGACCUCUACAGCCUAUGUGCCCUCAUCCAGGAGCUCUAUACAGACACAGUGCCGUGGGGCCCGGUGGACCCUCGUUGGAUCAGGCAGACUGUAGAGUCGGGCCAGGCCCUGGCUACAGAUUCCAGUGUGCCCCAGCCUUACUACGCCCUGGUCAGGGUGGGCCUGCAGCCCCGCCCCGAGGACCGUACACACAGCCUGCAGGACUUGCGCUAUACACUGCGCCAAGACAUGAAGGAGCUGUCCCAAGUAGGGGCACGGAGGAGGAGUGGGCUGUACACAGACAUAGGAGGAGGGCUCAGGCCUGCAGGCUGGAGUCCAGAGUCCGCCCCAGUUAAGGAGCCUGCAGACCUCAGGCCUACUGCCUACACUGACCCACAGGAAGGUUCUUUAGGCAGUUCCAUGGACACUACAGUGGACAGGGAGAUCCAGGACCAGCUCAGCGAACUGGACAAACUGCUGGACAGAGAGAACGAGACAGAGAGGGGAGAAGGAGGAAUGACAACAGACUCUGAACAGCCCAUAUUCCACCGUGACAUCUCUUUUAGGGACAUCCUGCCCCUGGAUGACUGGCGCCUGUGCUCUGUUGUGCCAUCGGAACCCUACAACACCCAAGAAGAAGAGUCUGACUCCAGCACUGUAACAGAGGAGGAGGAGGAAGAAGAGGAGCGGACAAUUAUGAAGGAGAGGGCUGUUCAGCCAGAGCGCCCAGUGUCUGGAAAGCUCUCGGAGCACAUCAGCUCCAUCGUCCUCAACCUCAAGGUCUCCCAGGUACUGUUGCAGCAGUCCGAGUGCAACCUGGCCACCGUGGAAACAGGCCGUUCUCGACAGGAGCGGGGGGCGGUUGACGAGGUGGACGGAGGGGCAGAGGGAAAAGAUGCUCAGACCCCCCACAUCUCCUCCUCAGCCUCCACCUCCCUCUCAUCCACUCUCUCUGGGUCGGUGUGUAGUUACAUGUCCCGCGCAGUGGGGCCUCCUUCACAAUACCGUCUCCUACCACAUGGUGUCCACCCCUCGGCCAAGAGACUGGAGGCCCAGCUACUGAAGGGAGGAGAGUCCAUGCCGCUCAGCGCUGAGGAGCUGGCCGCAUGGCAGAGGGAGUAUCCUGCAGAGGAAUACCCUAAUCUGGAGUGCACUACUCUGGAGUGCCCUUCGGAGGAGUACCCUACUUUGGAGUGCACUACUUCGGAGGGAACCGGCAGCGAGGGCGAGGAGAUGAGCCACUAUAGCUCGGCUCCGGAGGACAGCUUUGUCAACCUAUGCCCCAGAAGGCAGCAGCAGGUAGGUAGAGAUGGAGGCUCCAGAGAGACAGUGAGACGAGGUCCGCAGGCAGAGACAAAGCAGCAGUCAGUGGACAGACAGGAACUCACUGACAGGCUCUGUCUGUCUUCUGAGGGGACAGAAUCUCUUGAGGACAGUCCCAGACAGCCUGAGCUCCCAGCCAAGGCCAAAUGGACCAGUGAGGUGUCAGAGUUGGUGGCCAGGAUGACCCGGGGGCGUCUGGGGGUGGCUGUGGGCCCCCCUGCCAGCAGUGACAGUGAGGAGAUGGAGGACAGACAGGGGUUUGGGCGAGUGGUGGAACCACCCAGACAGGACCCCCUGGGGCGCAGUGACAACGGCUACAGGUCCGCUCCAGACCCUGCCUCAAAGCCACAGAAAGCUGCAGCUGAGGCCCUCGAAAGCAGCUCUGAGCUGGAGCAGAUCUUCAAAAGCUUUGCAGGUGUCCAGAGUGAGAGUGAAGAGGAUGCAGAUUUCCACACAGUGAACCGCUCCUUCAAUAUGACAUGUGGAGUGUGGGAGGGCUCAGGACAAAGGGAGGAGGAGGGGACCUCUGAGUCGGACUACACUCAGUCUCCUGUGGAGGCUUCCAGCAUGUUCUACACCCCCAACCCAGAGCAGAGGAACAACCCAUCCAGAGACAGCCAGAGCCCUGUCAGCUCAGAGGAUGACCUGGAUGUGACAGUGGAGGUGUGUAGGGCUGCUGACAGUAGGACUGUACCAGAGGAGCAGAAGCUGGAGACCAAACAUGGGAUGUUCAUUUCCCUAGAGUGUCAGCCUGUACAGGAGUCAGAUGAGAUUGACAUAAACCCCACUGUCAGUCAGCACGCACCCUUUCCAAUGGCCAGUGGUCUACCUGACCUGGCUGAUGUCUCCAGCAUCACGUACUCACCCGCCCAGCACCAUGAGUGGUUGGACCAGGAGAGACUGCAACCCAGCCCCCUGAACAGACGGCCUCCGCCCUGCUACAGCACCCCAUGCAGCCCAGCGACUGCACCCAACUACAGAGCCAUGGGGGUCACUGGGGAGCCCAUCCCCCCUCUGCCCAGCCUGCUAGACACCUCCACCUGGGGCAGCACCCGCUCCCUGCCCCCCCACACCGAGAGCUUCGCCAUUGCCAGCCUGGGAGCCAGCACGACAGACCUCUCCAGACAGACCUCACCCCUGAUGAGAGACUCCUCCGUCGAGGAGACUGGGACGCACGUGGGCGUGUCAGAGUUCACCACAGCCAGCUCCGGAGAGAGACGGACCACAGGGACCAGCCAGGAGGGCGUGGGCUCUACCUACACCGUACCCACCACCAGCCAAGAAAGGGAGGAGGUGGAGGAGAGAGAGAGUUUAGAGGAGAAGAACAUGGAGUAUCUCGAAGGGGAGAGAGGGAUGUCGCUGGCUGCUGACAGGAAAGAGUUGGAAGGGUCCGAUCAGGGUAGCUGUGCUGGUGUGGAUGUCGACCUGAUGGACGAAGAUCCUCUGGAUGCUAGCUCCUCUGUUUUAGAGGGAGAAGAUGAACUUGUGUCAGAUGAGGAAGAGUUGCCUGGCGAAGAGGAGACAGACCAUGAGGAUGAAGAUGUGAUUAAUGAUCAAGUGCUAACUGACGAAGAGGGUUCUGUGGCCAGUACACAGCAGGCAGAGACAUCAGGAGCUCACCAUGGCAGCACACACAGUGAAGAUUCCCUUUCAGGCUGUGGUCCAGACACAGAGGGAGCUGCAUCAUCUGUACAGCAGAGCCAGGCCAAAGGCCUGUCUGGGGGCCCAGACUCACUGGAGGAGACUGACAGAGCUCACUCUACUCUGGAUGAGGUGCUGCAGGGCAUGUUGGUGGAAAGGGCCGCUGGUCAAAGGGUUCUGAAAAGUCCAGGUCUGGUUGCACACCCCAAACAGCAACUGGGUGUGUGUGAGCCCCAGGUGGAGGGCGAGUUGAGUGAGGAUGCAGGUUGUCCAGGAGGGGACCGUGCCGAAGUGGCAGAACGAAAGGGGGUCGACACCAAUGACUGGACAGAACCAGCACCUGCAGAAAAGCUAGAAAUGGCUAGUCAUGAGACCUGGAGUCAGCCUCACAGGGUUAUUGUCCUGGAGCAGACUCCCAUCAAAAGCCAAAGUGACCCCAACCAAGUGAGAUUGAGGAAGAACAUGUAGGACACAUGUAACUUAACAUCAGUCUUAUUUCUCUACACUACCAUUCACUCACCCUUUAAGCAUGACAAUGUUUUCUUUGGUGCUGGACUUUAGAUAACUUAUGCAUUCUCGUUCUAAAAACAUUUCCUUUGGAUAGUUGAGGUCAUACAUGUCUUUAAUGUCAUUUGUAUUCAGUGCUCUACAUGAAGCUUUAGUUAAAUGAAAUUGUUACCAUUACUGUUAAUACAUAGAUCAGAUUUGACCAAUAUUAAAGAAACAGACCGUAAGUAAAUUUAAAGGUUCCUGUUCAUUUUGUAAUUGUUUUACAUAGUUCGGGAAAGCAACUUCACUGUACUUAAGAUGCUAAUGUGUUUGUGCUCUUAAAUAAAUUCUUAAUUGAGCAAA